AUGAAUCCUCUUCUGAUCCUGGCUUUUGUUCGAGCAGCUGUUGCUUUCUCCACUGACAUUGAUGAUAAGAUCAUUGGGGGCUACACCUGUGAGGAGAAUGGUGUCCCCUACCAGGUGUCCCUGAAUAUUGGCAAACAUUACUGUGGUGGCUCCCUCAUCAAUGAACAGUGGGUGGUGUCAGCCGCUCAUUGCUACAGACCCCAAUAUCAGGUGAGACUGGGAGAGUUUAACAUCCUGGUGAAUGAGGGAAAUGAACAGAUUAUUGACUCAGAAAAGGUCAUCCGCCAUCCAAACUUCAACAUGAGGACCUACAAUAAUGACAUCAUGCUGAUCAAGUUGAAAACCCCAGCUCUCCUCAGUAGUCGGGUGACUGCCAUCUCUCUGCCCAAGUCCUGUGCAUCUGCAGGCACUGAGUGUCUCAUCUCUGGAUGGGGCAACACUGCAAGUUCUGGUCUUGACUACCCAGACUUUCUGCAGUGUUUGAAUGUUCCCAUUCUAUCUAAUGCCCAAUGUAACUACUCCUAUCCUGGUCAAAUCACAGAAAACAUGAUCUGUGCUGGCUUCCUAGAGGGUGGCAAGGAUUCCUGCCAGGGUGACUCUGGUGGCCCCUUUGUCUGCAAUGGAGAACUCCAGGGUGUUGUCUCCUGGGGCAUUGGUUGUGCCCAGAAGAAUUUCCCUGGUGUCUACACCAAAGUUUGCAACUACGUGGACUGGAUCGAGAGUACUAUUGCUGCCAAUUAA